UCCGCCAUUCUCUGCAGUCUGCAUUGGAUAUGGCGUCACUGAAAAAGUGUAGGAGUCGAGAAACUUCACCCAUGUAAAUAACGUUAAUAAAAAACUGUGACAAGCGCUAGGCAGCAAUAUUGAGUACAUAGCUAUAAAUAUAUAUAUAUAUUACCAGUUAUUUUUUAAGUAUGCCUCGAAAAAAGCCAUUUAGCAACAAACAGAAGAAGAAACAGCUACAAGUCAAACGGGAGAGAAAGAGAGGUGACACAGGUUCCGGGCCUAGCAGCCGCAAUGCCAGUGUGGAGCGAGGAGGAGAGCGGCAGUCGGAUACCUCAGACAGCGAGACCACAGAUAUUAGGAGAAUAAAUCAGCAGCCCUUCGGCAGAGAAGGUAGAUAUGAUCCCAACAGGUUCCGACUGCACUUUGAAAAAGAGAGUAAAGAAGAUGUGGAGAAGAGGAAGAAGAUUGCCAGGGAGAAGGUGCUGCAGCCAGUCUCCGACAAAGAACUUGAGACUUCUAUCGAUGACAUCUACCCCUCAGAGAAAGGUCUUGGUUUCCCACGACGGCCGUCCUGGAAUUAUGAGAUGACGCGAGAGAGCUUGUUGAGAAAAGAAGAGAAGUCAUACAGAGAGUAUCUUGAUGACCUACACUCCAGAAACCCACCUGGCUCUCUUAGCCACUUUGAGCACAAUCUGGAGACAUGGAGGCAGCUAUGGAGAGUGUUAGAAAUGUCAGAUGUCAUCCUGCUCAUUGUGGACAUCAGGCACCCGAUGCUGCAGUUCCCUCCAGCCAUAUACCACUACAUCACUGGAGAUCUCCAGAAGCAGAUGAUCCUGGUGUUGAACAAAGCCGACCUUUGUCCUCCCCCACUGGUCAUCGCCUGGAAACACUACAUGACCUCUCAGUUCCCCCACCUGCAAAUAGUCUGCUUCACCUCCCACCGUGGACAGCCCUACAGCACAGUGCUCCAGAAAAAGAGGAUGAGGAGGAAGGCUGACUGGAGUCACGCUGGAGGUCCUACAGACAUCCUGAAGUCCUGUCAGGAGAUCACGGCAGGGAGAGUUGACCUGUCCAGCUGGGAGCAGAAGAUUCACAGAGAUGCUGUUGCUGAGCAACUGGAUGAGGAGCGGCCAGAUGAAGGAGCGGAGUCGGUGCUGAUGGAGCAUCAAAGUGAUAGCGCUAUGGAAAUGAGCAACCCUACCCAGGAGCUCUACAAAGAUGGGGUUCUCACACUGGGCUGCAUAGGUUUUCCAAAUGUUGGUAAGUCAUCUGUCAUCAACAGCCUGGUUGGGAGGAAGGUGGUGAGCGUAUCUCGAACCCCAGGCCACACCAAAUACUUCCAGACCUACUACCUCACCCCGACAGUCAAACUGUGUGACUGCCCCGGACUCGUCUUCCCCUCCCGUGUCAAUAAACAGUUACAGAUCGUGGCAGGCAUCUACCCAGUGUCUCAGCUGCAGGAGCCCUACAGCUCAGUCGGUUAUCUAUGUGAGAGAACCCCAUUCCUCUCUGCACUGAAGCUCAAACAUCCCAGUUUACAAGAAAAUGAACCCCAGCAAGGAAGCCAGGGGUCUGAAGAGCCCGGCUGGACUGCCUGGGAUGUUUGUGAGGCUUGGGCAGAGAGGAGAGGCUAUAAAACAGCAAAAGCAGCUCGCAAUGAUGUUUACCGUGCAGCAAACAGUCUCCUGAGGUUGGCCAUUGAUGGCAGAUUGUGUCUCUGUCUCAGACCACCUGGCUACAGCUGCCUGAGAGAGCAUUGGGAAAACCACCCAGACUUACCAGAAAUAAUGGCUCUACAAGGACGGUUGACAGAGGAGGAAGGUAUGGGAGACAGGGACGAUGAGGAGGAUGGAGAGUCCAGCACCGAGCCCGAGGAAGAGAGAGACCGGGACGCGGAUGAUGAUGAGGACGGAGAUGAUGAAGAUGAGGGGUUUGGAAAACCAAGGCGGAAGGAGGAUAAGCCAUCCGGCUUCACUGUCAACAUGUACAAUGUCCUUCGGGAAAAUGAGUGCGAGUAACGACAGAGGGAAAAACGAGCAGGAAGAAAUAAGUCGUUCCUCUUUCCUGAUCCUCCCCAUCAAGCCCAGUACAUUUUUCAUUCCUGUUUUUUCCUAAAUCUGCAUUCCUUCUCCUUUUUUCUUGCCUCUACACACCUCAUGUCAUUACCUUCUACAUUAACAUGAUCUAUUCUAAUUCACUCACCCCCGUUUCCUUCUCCCGGUAAUAUACAGAGCAUAUUCAUGUACUCCAUGCUGUGCCUCUGCUCUGCUUGUUCAUCCAUGAAGCUUGUUCUUCUCUAUUGCUCCAAGGAAUGUUUUUGGUUUGGGUUUUUUUUGCAUGUUGUUCUCAGAGACUAUUGAAGUAACUUCCCUCAACCUGGAAUAAUCAACCAACUGGUUUCCAAUCUCUUUAUUGAUAAGUGACCUCACAGCUGAGAUGCCAAAGUUCAGGAAAGGAUGAUAAAACAAAUCAAAUGCACUGUUGAUAUGAUGUCAUUCACUGGAGCAGCCUUUUGGCUCUCAGAGCAGCUGGAAAUCUAAGAACAUGACUCUAAAUCUUCUUAAUAGACCAGAGUACAUCAAAACUUUGGUUAAGGGGUGUGGGAUGGGAUAUGUGAAAUAAAACCAAGAUUUCACACACAGUUUUGCAGUAUAACCGCUGUGUUAGAGGUUCAUUUAUCUGAACUUGGGUUUGAUUUAGAUUAUACUGUGUCUGCGAGUGAUAUAUUAUUUGCUGUGUCUCUGCACAGUCAGCAGGAAAUUUCAUUGGGAUCGAGGGGGGGGUGGGGGUUGAAUCCUUGUAUUGCUGGAUGAGGCUGUUUCAGGAAUUAAACAUGUAGUGUUUUAACUACUACACACAAAAUAUCCCUCGAUGCUGAUCGAGAUCUACAAUAUUUAGUGCAGGAUUUGGCUACAAUCAUUCAGCAAGUUUAUUUGCUAAUGACAGUACAGUAGGUUUGAUCCCACUGAGACUGCUUAAUAAUCAGUUAAAGGAAUGGUUCAACAUUUUGGGAAAUAUGCUUAUUUUCUUUCUUGCUAAGAGAGAGAAGAAAAUAUUGCUAUUACUCUCAUUUCUGUAUGAUAAAUAAAUAUGAAGCUACCGCCAGCAACUUGUUAGCUUAGCACGAAGACUGGAAACUGACAAAAUCCACUUACCAGCACCUCUAAAGGUCACUAAUUAACACAUUACAUCUCGCUUAUUUAUACAGCACAAAAACAGAGUAUAAAAAAAGACAUGUUGUAGUUUCAGGGAGGGUUUAUGAGCAGAACUAUUAGCUCCUUUUACAACCUCAUGGCGAACAUAAGCGUGGUAUCGAUCUUCUCCUCUAAAUCUCUUCAAGAAAGCGAAUAAGCAUAUUUCCCAAAUGUGGAACUGUUCCUUUGACCACACAGAAGGAGGGGGACUGGUCAUCACGGCUUCCAUCUGUCCAUCAUUAUAAACAACUUUAUGACUCCAGCUUUGCUCUACUGUUGGUUUUAUGAAAUAUAACUGUGACAUAACACUCAAUUUCAAGGUCUGAUCUUGUAAUGUUAUACAACUCCUGCAGACUUUUCCUCAGUGUUGGUCAACACUAAGAUUUUUUUCUAACUUUCUUCUGAAAUUAGAAAAACUGACAUCAUCGCUGUUUGACCAGUCUCUCUCUCUCUCUCCUUCUCUGUGAUGGCCCCACUACAAUCCUGAGUGCUGUAUUAUUAUUAUGUGCUGUUGUCGUGCCUCAUUCAUGUGCUCACUGAGGUAACCCUACAGCACAGUGCUGUGUUACCGUGUAAUACAUCACACUGCAGCCACAUGCAGUCAUUUCUACCAUCGGUACAAUGUAAAGCAGUUGCUCAACACUACCAUGCUGUUAGAAAACACAAUAGACUUGCGGUUGUGUUGAUGUGGCUUUUGUUUUUUUUGUUUUUUCUUUUGGAAAUAUUGAAACAGACAGCAUCUGGAAAGUGUAGUGUGAGUGUGAAAGCUUGAGGUGUGUUCAGGAUAUUUGCUGCAUUCCUCAAUUCAUUCCUAGUAUGCUUCAUGUUGAACUGGACUGCUUUCUGCAAUAAAAGAAAAUAAUCCUCUAAACCA